GUUCGUUGGCCGUGAGAGAAGAGUGGAACCACCGCUUGGUACUUCUCGCGUAUCAGUUGCUCCGUUCUCUGUGCAGACUGCGUUAGUUUGGUACGAUCUGUUGGUGAGGACGGUUUGCGGAAGAACUGAUCGGCAAUCCGCUGAAAACGUGCGUUCGCGAAGUCGUAGGUAGCAUUUACUAGUACCAUUCGAGCGAAUAUCGCAGGUUCCAAGCCGGGCGCAGAAAGCUGAUACCACGAACAGCUUUUGAGGGCGACAGUCAAUUUAUCUAAAUCUAGUUUUAAUCAUUUGUCAGAAAGCAAGGGUGGAUAUCAUUCUAAUAAAGUAAAAGUCAUCUCACCAUGAUGUUACCAAAGAUAAUGACCGUGAGGAUAUUCUUACGCAGAUUCUGUGCAUGUUAAGGCACUUCAGAAUAAUGCCGCCAAAUGUGUGUUGUAUACGUGGAAAACUGUGUGUACUUGUAAAGAAGUAGAUGGAUUUCAACAGUUCUUCAAUAAAGGCAUGUGGGGCACCUUUGGGCAGUACAUCAUUGUUACUGCUGUUCUCAACAAUCUUGUUUUCUGCGAACAGAUAUCAAAAAAUACACUGAAACAUCUGCUGACACCCACGGAAUGGAUAUCGAUAUUAGGAAAUAUAGAUUCCGAUGGAAGCUACGAAAUUACCUACCCCCGCCUCAUCAACAACCCAUCCAAGGAUCACAACCCCAACAGCCUUCGCCGCCGCCUACACGUUACAGCCCCGGAAUUGGCCCAUGAGUUCGCUCUGGAUCUUUACCCUUCACCGUAUCUCCUUACCGAGGACUUCAUUUUGCUGGAGUCGUUCUCGAACGGCAGUGCACUUCCGAUUCCGGUUCAGCGGGGGGAUGUCGAGUGCCACUUGAGAGGGGAGGCGAAUGGAGUGCAGGCGGCGGUCAGCGUCUGCGACCAUGGAGUGAGAGGAGUACUACACCCAAAUGACAACAGCUACUUCUUCAUCCAUCCUUUACCAAAAAGAUUCCACACAAAUUCAUCAAACCCUCACGUACUGAUCAAGAAAAGACACAAUGUAAGUAACAAUACCGGAGGAUGUCAAACUGUCAAUCACAGAGGUGCAGGCGUUAACCGAACUAUACUGCCUGAUGAAGAAGCCAAAGACAUUAGCUAUAAUUCUGGAAAUAAGAUAGAUAGAAGAAAGAGAGACACACUUGUACAUAGUAGAAUAAAAAGGAAGAAAAGAGAAACAUUUCCAGAUGGUGCGCCAGCUUUCGUAGAAACUGCCGUUUUUGUAGAUAAGGAUCUUUUCGAUCAUAUGAAGACGAAUUAUCCUUCUGAAACUGAAAGGGAGGUCAUAAGAUUCGUUUUAGCAAUGGUGAAUGCUGUGCAACUCCUGUAUCAUGAUCCAAGCCUGGGUAGACCAGUGAACUUUGUCCUAAAACGACUGGAAAUCAUGAAAGAAGAUGUACCCGGGUUGCUGAGACCUCCUGACAUAGACAGAUUUUUAUCUAAUUUUUGCAAUUGGCAACGAACUAAGAAUCCUGCUGGUGAUAGAGAACCAUUGCACUGGGAUCAUGCUCUGAUUUUAACCGGACUGGAUUUGUACGUCAGAGGAAAACAUGGGAAAAUCUCAAAUCAAGUUGUCGGUUUGGCACCAGUAGCUGGCAUGUGCACGGCGACGAGUAGCUGCACUGUGAACGAGGGAAGACACUUCGAGAGCGUCUAUGUCGUCGCCCAUGAAAUUGGCCAUAAUUUAGGAAUGAGGCACGAUGGACCUCUAGCGGACAACGACUGUGAUCCAAGCAGCUUUAUCAUGUCUCCUACAUUAGGAAGUGGCAAAAUUACUUGGUCCGCUUGCAGCAAGAGAUAUCUUCAAAAGUUCCUAGACACGCCUCAAUCAAGAUGCUUACUGGACCAUGGAAGCUCUGCUGGGCAGCUUGAUCAUACAGCUGAAGGAGCUUUACCAGGAGAACGAUUUGAUGCCAAUCAGCAAUGUAUGCUGAAAUACGGAGGAGGUAGCAAGCACUCUACUCAACAACCUCUGAAUGAUGUCUGCAGAGAUUUGCACUGUGAAAGAGAACGAUAUACUUGGACUUCGCACCCUGCUUUAGAAGGAACGAUGUGUGGCAGCGGCAUGUGGUGUCGAGGUGGUCGCUGUGUCGGCAAGUCUGUCAUAUCUCAAACAAAUGCUGCAUUCACUCAACAAUCUGCUAGUUUGCGGUUGGGACAGACGAACAGAGGUUGGGGUAGGUGGAAGCCUUACAGCGAAUGCGCUUCAGGAUGUUUGUUCAGUGAAGAAGGAAGACUGAAAGCGGGGAGCACUGGCAUUAUGGUUAGCGAAAGAGUUUGUAAUAAUCCAAGGCAAGACGGUGGUGGAUCAGAAUGCGAAGGGACUCCAACACGAUAUUCAACAUGCAAUGCUCAGCAAUGUGCGAAUGUUCCACGCCUUACUAUCAGAGAAUUUGCUGAUCAAAUAUGUAACAGAGCAAGCGAUGUUGAUAAAGAUUUAACUGGGCUGGGCAUGCAAAAGAUUAGUUCCGACGCUGAAGAAGCGUGCUUAGUAUGGUGCCAAAAACGACAAGGUGGAACCAAAAGCCGUGGCUGGUCAUUUCCAGAUGGAACUGCGUGCCAAACUAGAAGGAAUAGAUAUGGAAAAGUCAGCUACUGUAUUAAAGGUCGUUGUGAAGAUUUCACAUGUGACUCCCACUCAGAGUCAACCUUCGCUUUGUCCUCCGACCACUGUCCUAACGAAAGGGAGGACAACGAAGUGACAGCUGCACGCAGGACCGGCCUUAGGAGGAGAGAAGGCGCCGUCAGGUGGAAAAGUGCUAGCGGAUGCCAUUACAACUGCGUGGCACCAGGGACCGGCGUCAGAUUGGUGUCAAACAAAGCUGGCGGAGGAGCGAGCAUACAGUUGUGCAAACCAGAAAAGUUUGGUUGCACCAAGGUGAAAUCGCCAUUCCAGCAUGCUUCAAUGGUUUGCACAAAAUACAAAGAGAGAGUAAGAAGACUUUCUGGAUUAGGGAUGCAGAUAUCUCCAGCAGUUGAGGAUCCUGACAGACCAUGCAGGAUAGCUUGCCAGGAUGACACAAUUUCUCAUAGAUUCUACCUAGUCAAUGGAGAGGAUGGGUGGUUUCCAUUCGGAACCGACUGCUCCAAAGGAAACUCAGAUAAGAAGGCUUACUGUAUCAGCGGGAAAUGCUUAGAAUUCGGGUCGGACGAUACACCACUUUCUGAAAGUGAAUUCACCCUGCCUCUGCUCUCACGAACGAAAAGAUCACUCCAGAAUAAUGAGACUGUCAGAAUAAGAGCCAAGCUAAAUCAAACGGUAUUGGACGAUAUUGUUGCAGGACUGAAUAGGACGCUUGCAGGGGAGCUAGGAAGAGACAAGGCAACUAGGUUUAGUGUAGAUCUAAGUAACCCAAUUCACCUUAGUGCUGAGGAUCAGGAGCACCUACCACUGAAGUUUGUAAGGACAAAAAACAGUGGAGUGAUAAAUUAUAAGUGACAUUUUUUCAAUGAAAGACUAUAUUUCCUUGAAGCUCUAUCUAACAUGUGAUAUGUAUUAGUUGUACUUAAUAAUUAGGAUUUAUUUUAAUUAAUGUGGAGAAAUGUAAUAUGUGUAUAGAUCAUAUGAAACAUAAAUGUUGGUUCCUUCUGUUCAUGUAUGAGAAUAUAGUUACUGUGAUGGUCUUAGAUAUGACAUUUAUUGAGAAAAACGUUGGAGAUUUUGGAAGUAUCGCUUCGUCUUAGAGAUGUAGACCUCGAAGGGAGCUCAUUCAAGAUUCGUUUUUUGAAUAGCUUUCCAAUUGUACUGCACAAUACAACUAAAUUCUGAUAACAAUGUAACCAAUUAAGACUUCACGUGAUGGUGUCUAUGGAAGGCAAUAAACUUAUUUUGACCACCAGGGACGAAGUAUCUCGAAAGCAAUGUUGUUUUACACCCUUCAUAAUAAUAUGAGGUCCUCAUCUGCUCCUAUUGCUACUAUCGGAAGCUACUGCUGGGAUUUUAGUGUAAUCUUUACCUACAGAAAGUUACUGCUAUGACAAAAUUCCUUAAAUGAUUUCACCAGUGGUGGUGCAAGAGCAAGUAAUUAGGGAAAGUUUGGUGCGUCAAAAAUCUUAAUUUCUUGAAUAUUUUGGGAGUUGCAGAUUAUUUCUCGACGUAAGUAAGUUCAUGGGGGGGGGGGGGUCAACACCUUAAAAAUGACAAAAUUUGUUAUCUGACGUUUUUCUUCUCUCUAAUAUUUCGGGCCAUAGUAGAUAUAUAGGUUGCUAACAAUGCUUAGAAUGUCUGUGCAGCUAAAAUAUCUCUGAGCCGUAUUUGAUCAGUUUGUCAGCAUACUUGGUUCGACUUUUUUCUGUUGUUCUCGCCGUUUCGUAAAAUUCUGUGUCUUUAAACAAACAAUUGUUUGCGUUUUUGUAAACGUUCGCAGUUGUCAAAGCUCAGUAGUGUUAGUAAAGCCCUCCUAGAUCGACCACAAAUUGUAUAAGACAUAGAAUAAUACAUCUCUCCAAUUUAUGCAUCGACUGAAAACAAAGUACAAAGCUAUUUUCACAUAGAUUCUAUAGCGGGUUAUCAUACUGUAGUAAAGUGUUACAUAUGUAUCUUUGCAAAAAUCUUUAUACUUAACAUUGACACAAUUCAGACAGAAUGACGAGAGGAUUGCAUAGUAACCACAUCUCAAUAUACAUUAUACACAUAGUUUGUUUUACUAGACGAUUCGCAUAUGUCCAAGAACCCUACUGAGCGGGGCCGUGGCCAUGCUUCACUGAUCGUCCGAUUUAUUUUCACUAAAUGUCCAAUAAUCCACAUCCCAUUUCUGACACUAAUGUAGCGUUUUUCUGGGUUCUUUAGGAUGUGGAUUAAAACGCUGGAUUCCACAAAAAGAAAUGCACUAAAGAAAUUGUCUAUGUCUUAUGUCACCAUUAACUGCACUAUACUUCUCUCCGCUCUGCUACUCUACCGUAUUUCGUACUCUGCCUCCAUCUGCCGGCCGCCGAGUUAUAUAUAGUCCCCAUUACAGCUUCGAGAAAAAAAACCGGGCGUACCACAAAGCGACAUCUAGAAUGUUGGAUAUCACUUCGCGUCGAUCUAGAAGGCGAUCCACUGUCACACUUGUGCGCCGUGGUUCGCGUAAAAGCAGAGAUCGACAAUUAAGCUCUGGCGAGUAGGAGACUCGCCCAACAGAUGGCGCUAUUUGUCACAAUAUAUACUUAGUAAACCCAUUCGCUGCUACUUGAUGAUUACUAAUUUCUGACAAAGGAUUUAAUCAUCAAGAUUAUUCAACUUUUGAUGACAUCAUAAUCACUAAAAUUUGACAAAUAUGGGCAACUUUUCCGUGGGUGGUAGUCCAUAUUGCUGGCUAUCAUUCAAAUAUUUUCUAUUGGAAAGAAUCAUUUUUAAAGCUUCAUCACAGUGUUAGUUCGUUUUAUUAUUUGCUAAAUAAAAUCUUAUUUUAAAAAUGUACCUAUUUUUUUUAUUUGUCCCUUCCAUCGACGUUGCCAAAGUUUCAGCCAUUUAUUUGGAGGCAUGCGCUUGAUUUUGCUUUCGUCCGCAGUAGGAUCAGAUGAGGUCGGAUUCUCUUUAUCAAUAUAUCAAAAUUACCAAAUAAUAAAAACUAUAAAACAAAUGAGUUGAAUCUACCAACGGAACAUAUCUAAGCCUGAAUUAUAUCUCAAAAAUAGCAAUAUCGUUUUAGGGCAGAAUCGGCCGAGCCGAAAAACCUACAGGUCUAAAGGCAAGCCAGUCGAAAGAGAAAAAGAGACAACACCGUAUGGAACUUGGCGGGCCGCCGGCGUUCGUUCUGGAGCUGGAUCACUUGAAAUAUGCCUCAAUAUAAAUAUGUCAAGGUUUAUCUUCUUUCUUCGUUAGAUGUGGUUAGAUGGACUAUACCUAUUAUGUAUACUAAUUUAUAUCUACUAAACAGGUGGUUCCGCUCGCGAAAUAGUGAAAUUACAGUUUUGAAGGAGGUGUGAAGGAGAUUGGUUUCAGAGAGAGAAGUGCAUUAUUCAAAAUAAUACAAUAGUUAUCUAUUUGACAAAAGUAAGAGGAGUGAGUGUAUUUGAAAAUUCAUCUGAUCUUAAAAUGAUCUCGACGAUCAUGGACAGUUUGACUGCAAAGGAUAUUCCUACUUGAAGUUAAUACUUUUCGCAUUUUGCGUUUCAGGAUUCAGGAAUUGAAAACAGAUGUUUCCCCUUAAAAAUUGAUUUGAUCUUUAAAUGACCUUAAUGGUCAUGGUUAUGGACAUACGUUCUAUAGUCUUUUUUUACGAGUAUAGAAAUCCAUUACGGUAGACUGGUAGAAUGACAGCUGAUUGUCUAGUAAUAUUUCAAAAUUCCCCAUAUCCGCAAAGGACAGAAUUCUGACGGAUCCGUCAAUGCCAGGUAGACAGAGCCGUAUUUUGUUUUUUGUUUACUACAUAUUCAUUUUGAGCUUGCUAAAAGCUCUUUUAUUUAGAAAAGUUAAAUUACAUACAAAAAACAAAACGCUACAAACAAUAUAUUAUAUAAUAAAUAAGAAUGGUGCUGAUUAGCUGUUAGCCUCAGUAUCGGCGACAAAGCGUGAUGGAUACUUGUGAAAUAGGCUAUAAAAUUUCUUGCUUUUAUUUCCCGGGUCAAAAAUAAGGGUUUCCGUUCUAGAAAACUUGUACUUCAAAUGAGCUUGGCGACGUUCAAUGCAAGGAGUCCGGGUUUUGUCAUUUUGAAAUUUGAAUCAACCAUCUAAGUGCUGUGAACAUCGGUGUGUAUACAACUGUAUAUGCGUCAGUUGUAUUUUGAAAUGUAUCUAUUUCUAUUGAACAACUUCGGAGAUAUCUAGAAUGAUGAGAAAAACUGAUAUUGUGUUGUCUAUCAAACCCUAUAUUUUCCUAUUACUCCAUACCACUGUACUUUGUUCCAUGAUGGUCUUGGUGGCGACCUCUAUGAGUAGCGUUGCGAAGGCUGUUAGCUACAUUACUAUUUCACUACAGUUCACUAUUACAUUAGUAACUAUUAUACAAGAUUGUUUCCAAAUUGUUUCGGAUUCACACCAAUAGAUGACGGGCGUUUUCAUACGUCAAGUUACUAGAAACAGUAGAAACUAAGGUUAGGUGCUUCAAGUUUUGGCCACGUAUUUUUUUUGGUAAAUAAGGAUCUUUAGCUUCAAAAAGGUAAAGUACUGAUUCAUUAUGAUAUAUUAGUUUUCCAGUACUUAAUGAAACCCUUUAGUCUCCACAAAAAUAGGAAAUGCACUCACUACAUUUAUGUUCAUGUUUAUUUUCCGGUACAUUUGUUGGGCCUGAAAUGUUUCUUUUCUUGGAAUGCGCGUGUUAUAAUUGCUUCAUUUCUUUAUUUAGAGAAGUUUCCAAUUUAUCUGUAUGUAAAUUUUGAUCCUCAGCAGAUUUUAUCUUAUAAACCUGCUCUCAAACCUCACACCAAUAGCAAAGGCCUAAUAUAGGUCCUACCACUAAAGCUACAUAGAUUUUGCAUAAGUAUGUUCUCACCAAAAACAUAAGUAGGUGAUCAAAAUCUCACAACUUUCUUCAUUUGUUCUGCAAAAAUGUUAUCUGCAUUUCUAGCACCAAAAUACAUGAAAGCCAACAUUUAAUUUAUGUGUCUAUAAUUAGUGACUCCUUGGAGACAUAAAAGGCAUAGUAAAAUGAUGUGAAGUGAUUGAGUAUCAGUGGUCGAGCAAAGUCCACACAAUUUUAUUUAAAUGCUCAAAAGUUGUAGGGCAAUUUUAUCUAAUUUUACAAUAUUAUUGUUUUCAGUACUCAUAUGCACGUUAUGGGCAUUAAGAGUUUUUUUCAAACAGAUUAGUCCAAAAAUAAUGAUCAUUAAUUUUUAAAAUUAGUCAGUUUAGGUCACAAUUUUUUGUUCAAAUCUAUUUGUUCUGCCGCAAUACACCCUUGUAUGGUUUGCCUGAGCAAUGAUCAAAAUUAAAAAAAAAUACAAAUUCAUUGCAGUUGUUGCUGGAAGUCAUGUAGAGAAAACAUACAAAAUGACUUCCUAUCAAUUAUCACUAAUUAUAAUUUUUUGCAGGAUGAUUACUGAUGUUCAUCUGGCAAUUAUGUCAAAUGCCCUAGGAAUUGUCCUAUUCCUGCUUGUGGUGCUCUAUCACUACAUCAAUGCAAACUACUCAAGGUCAUAGCUUCCCUGGAGGACUGAAAUGAUUUAGACAUAUAUAAUUCCAGUGCUCUUCAUUAUAUGCAGAGUUACAUUAUUCAAGUAUUAUAUUUAUAUUACUUCUGGCUUAUUAUGCAAUUUUUAAGGAUACUGCAAACAAAAUUUACUGUCAAACUGAACAAAGUGCUAAUAUUCUAAGCUGUAAUUAUAUUGGUUUCAAUGUCACAUGGUAUGUGGAGAAGAUGGAAUCAGAUGUAUUUCCUGCUUGAUUUCAAAAUUGUUAGAAUUCAUUUUGAUUUGUUUGAUAUAUGAAUGGAAAAUCCAACUUCUAUAUCUCAGAAUAUAUGUUUUACAUUUCUAUUUAAGACGUUUUAUUAAUGUGGAUGCUAAAUCAAAUAUAC